GAUUCACCCACAAUGAGGACCGGCCUCGGUUCUGUCGUCGUGGCCCUUGCGGCAGCAGCGGCGACGGGCGUCGUCUCACCAACGCUCGCCCUUGCCGACGAUGGCCUCACGUUCGGCGGCGGCAGCGGCCACGACGACGUGCUCCGCCCGGGGUCGCCCGAAUCGGUGGGCAUGCGCUCGCGGCCGCUCCGCGACAUGGUGGCCAACCUGACGCGCUUCACCGAGACGCGCAACUGGACGUCGCACUCGUACAACCAGGUGGUGCCCAUCGAGCCGGGCGGCGUGGUGCUCGUGGCGCGCCGGGGCGUCGUCGUGAGCCACUUCGCCUUUGGCAAGAGCAGCCUCUGGGCGAGCGUCAACGGGACGCACGGCGAGCUGCUGCCGCGGCACGAGCAAGAGGACGCGAGCGUCGACACCAUCUACGACAUGGCCAGCCUGACCAAGAUGUUCACGACGGUGGCAGUCCUGCGGUGCCUCGACCGCGGCCAGGUGGGCGACCUCAACGACACCGUCGCCCGCUACCUGCCCGGGUUCGCGGCCAACGGCAAGCACGAGGUGACGCUGCUGCAGCUGCUGACGCACACGAGCGGCUUGCAGGCGGACCCUUCGCCGGGCCUGGCCGACGCGUCGACGUACCCGACACACCAGGCCAAGGUGGACGCCAUCCUGGGCCAGAAGCUGGUGAGCGAGCCCGGCACGGCGUACCUCUACUCGGACCUCAACUUCAUGACGCUCAUGCUCGUCGUGGAGGCGGCGGGCGGCAAGAAGCUCGACGCGGCCAUUGGCGACUUCACGUCGCAGCUGGGCAUGCGGCACACCUUCUUCAACCGCGGCAACGUCGAGGGCGCCGCGUUCCCCUUUUACCGCUCCAUGGCGCCGCAGGAGUUCCAGACGGCCGUCGAGGGCGACGGUCCGUCCAUCCCCAAGCGCCCUCAGCCCGUGCGCGGGACCGUCCACGACGAGAACGCCUGGGCGCUCGACGGCGUGUCGGGCCACGCGGGCCUCUUCUCGACGGCCGCCGACACGGCGCGCCUCUGCCAGAUGCUGCUCAACAACGGCACCUACGGCGGGCGCCGCGUGCUCUCGCGCCGGGCCGUGGACCUCGUCUUCACCAACUUGCUCGGCUACCUGGGCGAGGACCACGGCGUCGGCUUCGAGCUCAACCAGUACUACACGGCCGGGCCCAUGGCCAACAUGCUCGCCGCCAGCCACACGGGCUUCACGGGCACCUCGCUCGUCGUCGACCGCGCCUCGGGCACGCUGUUUGUGCACCUCGCCAACCGCGUCCACCCGUCGCGCGGCUGGGCGAGCAACAACAUUGUGCGCGAGACGCUGGGCGCGUGGGUGGCUACGUCUCUGGGGAGGGACGUCGAGUUUCCGCUGUGA